AUGCCUCAAGGGAUUCUCUAUACUCCAAAUGAAACGGUUUUUAAUUUAGGGUAAGUGUUAUUGUUGUUUUCCUUAACAAUACGCUAUCAUUUUCAGAAGACCUCCUCGAAACAGAAUUCCAAUGAGGGCGAAACAGUACUUUGGAUUCAUUUUCCUAUUCUGCAUACUAAUGUACCUGGUUUUGGUACGUUUUUAAAUAUUUCACGGAAAACUUAACAGGAGCAUGUUUUUUUCAGUACUUCUACGUGUUACAAACAGAGAUAAUCAUUGACGAACAAUAUGCUCACGAUAUAGACGAAGAAUUGCUCAAUCAAAAGUGAGAUUUCCCGGGUUUCUUCAAGAAAACCGAGUGUUUCUUGUAGAAGAGGUUUGGAAGAGUCAAUGAUUACGCAGGAGUGCUCAAAAAUGACGGAUUAUUGUUACAUUGUGGUCGACAAAAAAGUAGAAAUGGAACAGGGACAGAUGGUCGAACGACACAUGUUUUUGAAAGGCUUCGAAGACGAAAGUGAUACGAUUGUACGGCUCAUCCCUCAAGGAGGUGCGAACAAAAUAUAUGAAAAAUAAAACAUUUGUGCUUCCAGAGAAAACAUUCGAAAGUUCUGACACACGCAUGUGGAAAGUUGACCAUCUCUCGAUCCGAGCACAAUACGUAAGUUUGUUCUCUCAUCAAAAAGCUCUCAAGAUGGAACGAACAACGGCCAUUCAUACACUUAUCAAUUGCGCAUGAUCCAUCCCGUGUGUGUAUGUAUUUGUCUGUGCGGGCGAAUUUAAACAAACAUGAUACAGCCCAGCCCGGUUGGCAUGUUUUGAAGAAGCGCUCGCGUAUCACUUUCAUUACUUCACACAUUGCGUUCUUCGAUCGGUCAGUGUGUGUGCGAGACAAGUGUGUAGUAAAGUCGGACACGACGAAGAAGAAUGUAAUAAUGAGCAGAUGUAGGAUUUGUUUGAGGGGUUUUUACGUAGAACGAAAUGUCGAUUUAUCAGGUUUUUUUGUUUACAGAUUGCAGCGCUCAUCAGUGCUCCGUUCAUUGUGUCAACUCUUUCUUUGGUGGAUUCUGACAACGACGGGAAGACGAUUCUUGAAAUUGGAUUGGGAGGCGGCAGUUUGGACAUGUUUCUUCAUCAAAUGAACCCAAAGGUACAGAGCAUUCCAGCCAGAAAGGAUCUAAUUCACCUGUUUCAGAUGAACAUAACAGCCGUGGAAAUCGAUCCAGUUGUGGUCAGCAUUGCGAGGAAAUGGUUCAACGUAGUUGACGAUGAUACGAGACGGACCAUCACCGCCGACGGACUCAAAUUCAUACAGGAUGCUCAAAAAAAUGGUAACUUGUUCGUUUUUCUUUUAAAAAAAUGAGGAAUCACGGUCCAGGUGACAAGUACGAUGCAGUGUUUCUUGAUGCGUGCGACAAUUCUCAGACAAUGCCAUGUCCGUCGGAAGUUUUUCGAAACGUCGAAGUGUACCGUUCAAUUUCUGCUAUUGUCAAGGAAACUGGUAACUGGAUCUUUUGAAUAAUCCCGUUGGAGACAUACUUUCAGGUUCGCUCAUAGUCAACAUUCUCUCACACAUCGAUGAACCUCAGGAAGUCAUGAAGGUUUGAACCAUUCGUACAUUCUUCCAGUCGUAUCACUUGUUUUUCAGUUUGUCAAAGAACUCUCCCAGCAUUUCGGCUCCUGCAUAAGAGUCUCAAUUACAGACGAGGUCUGUGCCGUCGGGUGUUGUCGCUGGGGAACUGAAAGUAUUGUUUUUCAGAUGAAUGUUAUUGCGAUAUGUACAAAACAAGCUAUCACGGAUAACACUGGGAACGUUGAUUUCCUCAAGAGAAGGGCCAUUGCCGUGACAAUGCGAUUGGGUCUCCAGGACGUGUUGAAGACGAUCAAAAUGAACUAA